AUGGCCAGAGGAAGGCGUCAGCGCAAGCAGCUGGUGGCCGACGAGUCUCUCAUCGCGGACUUCGACCUCGCACUCGACGACUCUCCCCUGCCACCCGACAAUCUCUCCUCCGACAAAGUCUCGGAAGAUCUUCGUCGACUGCACCGACAAUCCGUGCCUCUUCCCUCGUCCGCCGAGCUGCACUGCGCCCCCCUCCUUCCGGACACCCCUCUUGAUGCGCCCUCGCUCGACCCGUCCCUGCGGCCGGGGCUCUUCGACGCCGAGGACCCCUUCUUCACUCCGGCUGGCCUGGAUGGAAACUCGGCGACUGGCGAAGGUGACUCCCAAGGACAGGAGGCUGAGCAAGAAGAGCGCGCGAUGCGCUAUAUGUCAUCGGAUGAGCCGAUGAAUGCCUGGGUGCCAAAGCAGGAGAAAUACCUGCGGGAGCUUCUGCGUCAAGACGGGCGCGGCGGCUACGCGCGCGACGUGUGCAAGUCUUGCCCGGAGGGUAAGUCCCCGGGCGAGGCGGUCAUCCGCUGCCGGGACUGCUCCCCGAUGCCUCUGUGCUGUCCGGACUGCGCCGUCCGUUGCCACGAGCAUAACCCGUACCAUCGCGUUCAGCGCUGGGAUGGCGGCACGUUCGUGGUAACCUCUCUCAGGGAGCUCGGCCUCGUCGUGCGCCUUGGGCACGAAAGCGACGGUUGCGCCUGUUCAACGCCAAGGUUCGCCCGCUCCGACUUCUCUGUGGUCCACGUCAACGGUCGACACGCCGUCUCCAUCGCAUUCUGCGACUGUGAUCAAGCUGGGGACGCCGGCGACGCGGUGGAGCAGCUACUCCGCCAUCGGCUCUAUCCGGCGACCGACGUCGAUCCCAACACCGUCUUCACCUUCGAGCUCCUCGAGCACUACCACAUCCAGAGUCUCCAGGGCAAGAUAUCGAUGUACGACUAUUACACGUCGCUCGAGCGCCUCACCGACAACACCGGCACCUCGAGAAUUCAAGACCGAUACAAGGCGUUCAUGCGCGUCGUCGCCCAAUGGCGCUAUCUCAAACGCCUGAAGCGGUGCGGGCGCGGGCACGACCCAGAAGGCGUUGCAAACACUCAGCCUGGAGAGCUAGCGGUGAAAUGUCCCGCCUGUCCCCACGUGGGUAUCAACCUCCCUCCGAACUGGGAUACCGUGUCGGACGACUUGAAGUAUCUCUACAUGAUGACCGUCGCCAUCGACGCCUGCUUCCGGCUGAAGCGCCGCGCGGUCUCCAACACCGACAAGGAUCCCAUCUUGGGCAGUGGGUGGGGGUAUUUCGUCGAGGAUACGGGGUAUCAGGAGGUGUUACGUGGGUAUGGGGACCAGGAGGAGAUGUCGACAUGCACCGGUCUCUCUGCAAUCGACCACGCCAAUAACAAGUUCUCCAAAGGCUACGCUGCGACGGGCGUGCUGGCGAUAGUGUGCGCGCGCCACGAGUUCUGGCUGGCACUCGGCGCCGGUGAUACGCAGAAGGGCGAGAAGUACAUCAAUACAGACUACAUUUUCGUCUGCGCUAUGCGCGAAUACCUCGUCCUCAACAAGCUCGUGAGCUACGACAUCGCCUGCCAGUGGUCGAAGAACAUCCUGGAGCGGAUCGCGAACCUCCCCUCCCACAUCCAAAUCCCCGUCCCGGAGGGUUCGAUCAUGUACGCCAUCCCGAAACUCCAUUACGCCAGCCACCAGCAAGUUGGACACUCGAAGUUCUCCUUGAACUUCCGGAUCGGCUGCGCGCGUACCGAUGGCGAGGGCAUCGAGCGGCGGUGGUGGUGGAUUCAACCCAUCGCGAACAGCACAAAGGUGAUGGGCCCUGGAAUGCGUCAAGGGGUUCUCGAGGACCAGUGGAGUUAUUCUAACUGGAGGAAGAUGGUUGAGCUCGGCCGAACGCUAGCCACCCGCCUCAAGGAAGCCAUCGAAGAACUUCGCGAACAGAAGAUCGUGUUCGAGGCGCUCACGGACCAGUUGCAGGAGGGGCAUGUUGUGUUAUGGGAGGCGGAGGUCCAAGUGUGGGAGGCCGACCCUGGCAGCUGCGACGACCCCUACAUCGUCAUCUCCCAAGGGAUGACUGAGGCUGAGACCGUGCGCGUGCUUUCCGAGGAGGAGCAAGUGGUGAGCGCGAAGCCCGGCUUCGUCGCGCUGCACAACGUCUCUCUGCUCGGCUUCGUCAACCUCGGUCUCGAGGUGGAGGCAACACAGGCGCGGCUUCUCGAGGACGUCAAGGGUGCGGUUCCUAGCAAGCUCUCCGAAAUACACGAAAGGCGAACGUCGCUCCGGCGCAAGAUUCAAAAGUUUCGCGAACUCCAGUCGAUCUACAUGCCGGCCGUUGCCCCUGUACUCGUGGAGGACCCGGCGUGCUGCACGGAGGUACAACAGGUGGAGCGCAUCCGCAUCGGACUCCCUUCGGAGAUCAGCGCAUCCCGUCGCGACGCGGUCUGCAGCGCGCGGCUCAUUGAGCUGGAGGAUCGACUUCGCGAGGCACAGUGCCGGGACGCCUUACAAGACCUACGGAACAAGCUACACACGAUCGACCAGCUCUACCACUACAAGAAGCUCAACGUGCGCAAUCAGGGUCCCAACACUCGUGCGCGGACCGGGAUUUCGCAACAGGAGGUCCGUAAAGCCCGCGCCGCGAAGAAGUACCGGCGCGCGCGUCGCGCAAAGCUGGCGCUCUCCGGCGCGGGGCCAUGGGAGGCCGAACUGAAGGUUCUGGAGGACGACGACAUCCGGGGCAUCCAGGACGACGAUCCUCGUGCGGUGGAGAAGCGCAAGCGCAAGCGCGGGGACAAGGCCGGGCCAGCGGAGGGUCGCCGGAAGAUCUCUUGGAUCUGGCGCGCGGCGGACGUCGGGGGCUCGGAGAAGCUCAUCGAUAGUCUCCGCGUCGAGUGGCUCAAGAGCCGCGCCCGCAAGAUGCGUUGGGAGGAGGAGGUGAGGCUCCUCCCGGAGGAGAUGCGUCGCGUCCUCGCCACCCACCGCUACGAGAGCAACAGGUGGCAGGCACGCGCCGGCGCGGCCCAGGAGUGCUCCCAAGACCCCUAUGUCCAAGAGGGGCUGCGGGCGUACGCGUUGAAGCAGGCGCGCAUCCGCCAGUCGAUGGCGCGGGUGUUCUUGAAGGCCUGCCAGCCGACUGCAAAACGGGCGUCUGCGGGAACAGGGGGUGAAUGGGAGGGGUGGGUGGACGGUGCUUACGAUGCGGACGCACCGACGGAGGAGGAGGAGGACGCGUUCAAGGACUAUGUAGCCAUGUAUCAGUUGGAUGGGGAGGAUAUCGGCCCCUCACAUGAGGGUUAA